GUUCCACUGGAAAGCCAGUUCCUACAGAGCACCAUGGUAGUGGGGGACAAAGAGGGUGCACAGUGAGGAAGAUGACGGUGACACCAUAUCCCACGGCAUGCUAGGGGAGGACGGAGUGAAGGAAGACCAGGCACAGCCACUGAAAGAACUGGGACGUGCCACCACUGGAGACAGGGAGGAAAGGGUGGCAAUGAUACCGGUGACCCUAAGAGGAAAAGGGGACCGAGGUCGGGAACAGGGUCCGGACCGGGACCGGGGUGCCUUGCGCGCGCAUAGGACCAUCCACAGGAAAUGGAAGGGUUCAUUUCAGACCUUCGGAAAGGAGGUGUGCAUCACGGGUCACUCGGUGUACCCCGGUCUCCACACCGCCCUCCAGGAGUGCAUGUGUUGCCAAUGCUAUGCCAGGUUUGGGGGCCACUUGCCCGUGCCCUGGGCUGAUGCACUGCUACCGUACUGGGUCCCUCUGUCUCUGAGACCACGAAAGCAGGUCUCAAAGAUGAUGCGGUGUUCUAUCCCCAGAGCCAUAAGGUCAUGUCGUUGCCCCUGCCACUGCUUUGGGGGCCGCCUUCCGAUGCCCAGGGAUAGGGCUGUUAUGCCCUAUUGGGUGCCCCAGGGGCUGAGGUCACAGAAGAAGGUGGUGAAGAGGCUGGAGAACAUUAAAGACACCCCAGAGUGCUCUCUGGAAUCAAGCAGCUGGCACGGCUGUUGGCGGGUCUGUGGGGACCGGCGUCUCCUCCUCAAGUGGCAGCAGCUCCAGGCCCUUUAUCAAGAUGAGCUGCCAGACCCUCGGGAGGAUGAGCCACAUGCUGGCGGCUUAGGCUCCCUCCUGCCCGUGAGCUUCAAUCUCCUGACCCUGCUGCAGGCUGUCCUGAGGGCCAUCAUGGUCAUUCGCCAUUUGUUCUGGGACUGAGGUGGAGUCUUCAGCCACUGUCAUGAUCUUCAGCAAGAAUGUCAGUCACGAUCAUUUCCUCAAGGGAAGCCCUCAGAGCAGGAGGGUCUGAGACAUUCGCUGUUUCCACACACGAUAAGACCUGCACCCACGAUCCAGUCGGAACUGGAAGCCACCACUGUGACUGAUAGCUGAAGGGGACCUGGUGUGAAUGUCCAAACAAGUCUAUUGUGAAUGCAGCCAAUAAAUGUUAUUUGUGAAACUA